ACCCCUAUAAGAGAAAUAGAACAAUCCAUUUCGUCGACCCAAGAUGGCUGCCAUCUGAAAGUAGAUUGUGUGAAGUUUUAUUUACUUUACUAAUCCUGUGCGGUUGAGACGCUUAUUCACAAUGAACGUGGUGCUGGCAGUGAAGCAGUAUGUGGCGAAGAUGAUAGAAGACAGUGGACCGGGCAUGAAGGUUCUACUGAUGGACAAGGACACGACCAGCAUAGUGAGCAUGGUGUAUGCCCAGUCUGAGAUCCUGCAGAAGGAGGUGUACCUGUUUGAGAGGCUGGACUCCCAGGGAAGGGAGAUCAUGAAGCACCUCAAGUGUAUCUGCUUCCUCCGACCCACAAAGGAGAAUGUUGAGUUCUUGUCCCAGGAACUGAAGAAUCCAAGAUAUGGUAUAUACUAUAUAUAUUUCAGUAAUGUGAUCAGCAAAAGUGAUGUAAAGAUCCUUGCAGAGAAUGAUGAACAGGAGGUGGUUAGAGAAGUACAGGAAUUCUAUGGAGACUACAUUGCUGUGAACCCACAUCUAUUCUCAUUCAACCUUUCUGGUUGCAGCCAGGUUACUUCUCUUCCUUUCUACCCUCAUCAGGGAAUCAACUGGACAUCUCAGGCUCUGGCUAGAAGCUGUCAAGGACUCACAGCCCUUCUGUUGGCGCUCAAGAAGUGUCCCAUGAUCAGGUUCCAGAACUCAUCAGAAAUGGCAAAACGAUUAGCAGAAAAUGUCAGACAAGUCAUCUCCAAAGAGGCAGGUCUGUUUGACUUCAGGAAGCCUGAUGUCCCGCCACUCUUACUGAUCCUGGACCGAAGAGAUGACCCAGUCACCCCACUGCUUAACCAGUGGACGUACCAGGCCAUGGUACAUGAGUUGUUAGGUAUCCAUAACAACAGGAUCGACCUGUCGUCCGUCCCCGGGAUUAGCCGUGACCUGAGGGAGGUCGUGCUGUCUGCAGAACAUGAUGAGUUCUACGCAAGUAACAUGUUCUUAAACUUUGGAGAGAUUGGCUCCAACAUCAAAGAGCUGAUGGAAGACUUCCAGAAGAAAACCAAGAGCCAGCAGAAAGUGGAGUCCAUUGCUGAUAUGAAGGCAUUUGUGGAGAACUACCCACAGUUCAAGAAGAUGUCUGGUACGGUUGCCAAGCACGUGACAGUGGUGGGAGAGCUGUCUCGCCUGGUGGGGGCCCACAAGCUCCUAGAGGUGUCCGAGGUAGAGCAGGAGCUGGCCUGCAAGUCUGACCAUUCCAAUCACCUGCAGAGUGUCAAGAAACUGUUCCAGGAUGAGCAGGUAUCAGAGCUGGACCUGGUGCGGCUGGUCCUGCUGUACGCGCUGCGGUACGAGAGGCAUCCCAACAACGAGGUGCACUGGAUGAUGGACGCCCUGGGAAGGAGGGGGGUUAGUGACAGAUACAAGAAGCUUGUGUCAGCGAUUGUGGAGUAUGGAGGAAGCAAGCGCCGUGGCACUGAUCUGUUUGGCACGGACAACACCAACCCCAUCUCCUUCACUAAGAAGCUCCUUAAGGGCCUUAAGGGUGUGGAGAAUGUGUACACUCAGCACACAUCCCUGCUGCAAGACGUUCUGGAUCAGCUCAUUAAGGGUAAACUGAAGGAUGGGAGUUACCCUUACCUGGGCACCAGCACCCUCAGGGACAGGCCUCAGGAUAUUAUAGUGUUCACCAUCGGUGGUGUGACGUAUGAGGAGUCUCUGGCCAUCCACAACAUGAACAGGACCACUCCAGGGGUCAGGAUAGUACUAGGGGGCACCACUGUUCACAACACAAAGAGCUUCUUGGAGGAGGUAUGGCAAGCAACACAGGGUCUGAGAUUCCAGUACACCAAUGCACAGGCCUCCCCACAGCAUAGAUGGACCUGAGUCUUGUAUUUAAAUUGACCAAAAAGUGAUGCAUUGAUUAGAACGCUCAAACUUAACAGUCAACUUGCUGUCCUUCAAACAUGUUAUACAGACAUCGCUACUGGCAUCAGUUAAGCCUCAAAGUCAUAAUAAUGAACCUGCAGUCUGCUGUAUACUAGCACAUGUAUUAUAAGUGUAGUCUUACCUGGAUCAGAUCAGUAUGAAAUGAGGAAGGUGAAACAGGAAGGUGAUUAUCUGGAGAGACACUGUCUGUAGCACUAAUGCUGUAACAAAUGUUGGUAAUACACGUCUGGGCUGAUAGCAUCUCUGCCAUCAGUGGAAGGGAUACUGCUGCAUUUCGUGAUAUUUGAGAAGCAUACAUCUUGUAAGCACUGAAGGUGCCAAGUUAGCUUUGUGCUAUUAUAUAGGAGCCAUUAGCCUGAGUGUCAAGCUGUGCUAGAUGUUGAUACUCAUGCUGCAUUCAAAGAAUUGUUGGAUUUCUGAUCUGACAGUAUUGAUGUUGAAACAUCAGGCUGCCUACAGAACACUGAUCAAUACCCAUUCUGGUGUACAAUAUGUGGCUGAUUUGAGCUGAAGUUUUGAAAUUGAUUCCAGGUCAGCAAUCACAUCCUCUCUUUCUGCCAUGCAGUAAGCCCAAGAAGCAAGUUGCAGAGAGUGAACACGUAGAAAAACAAUUUCCUCUUUACACCUGACUGUACAGGCACAGGCAGAGAACUGUGGCAGAUUUGUUUGCCGGCAAUGCAGAUCGGUUCACUGCACACAUAUUAAAAUGCAAACAUAUAGACAGCUUUUCUAAGCUUAAAGCCUUCUACAUAUACCAACCACUGAUAGAAACACUGAGUCAUGACUAAUGACUGUGCACAGUACUUCAACUACUGGAUAGAUUUUCACCCUCUGGCCCUUGCACGUAAUCAUGUUUCUUGUCCAUUGCCAAACAUCCUAUCAUUCAGGAAAGCGGAAACUUGAAAUCAGUCUGGGGGUCACAAGUCAAGCAGAAGAAACCCUCUGAUUGCUUGAAUAAUCCAAUAUAAAUCACAAUUUUCCUGCUGGAUUAGUUCUGUUGAUCUAUGGCACACUUAAUGCCAAUCCAUGCUGGGAGAAUUGUAGCUGACCUGUGGUGUGUUGGCAGACAUGCCCCGAGGAAUACCGUAAAAGGCUUUUGAUUUGGAAGGGAAGAAUUUCAGCAACUGUAGAGUCUGAAGUGAAUGACGUAGCCAAUGUGUCCAUUUCCAGCUUGACUGGCAUUAAUGGUAAUAGGUAAAAAACAAAACUGGUCAAGAUGUCAGAGUGAAAAAAGAACUCCUCAACUUUUUGCAGUUUUACAGUACAUGCCUAUCAAUGACUAUCAAUCAGCAGCUGCAGUUUGGCUGCCAAGGUGCCAUGGGCAUGUUUUCUCCUGAGACUUGUUGGUGACUGGAGGGAGCACAUUAACCUUGACACACCUUGAAUGUGUUCUACUUUGGUGAAGCUCAUGAAAUAUGCAGGUGUCAAUGCGAAUUAUCCAGAGGUGUUAAAGUUAGGCAAGGUUUUGUGUUGCAUAUCAUCAGUUGGGUGAUAGGUAUUAUGCACAUUUUUCCAGAUGUGUUUGUACAAAGUAUAAUUAUCAUAGAAGCUCAUCUUUGUAGAUAAUAAUCAUAGGACAAUGCUAAAUAUGUGUUUGUACAACCAGUUGUAUUCCACUUCUUUCACUCAUAUUUAUGGUUAGAUUUAACCAAUGGCUGCUAUAAUGAUGUUCAAUGCUUCAGUAGAGGAAGAACAAAAGCGCUGACAAAGAAAGUAUUACAGUGUAGAUAGACAUAAACUAAGAUGCUUAUGAUUCAAUGUGUUAGAAGUAUUUUGUUGGUAGGAACAUCCCAGAUGAAAGCUUUAAAUUUGGUAUGAUGGUACAAUUAAACAUUGUUUGUGUACACGUAACUGCUUGCUUUGCAACACUAAGGCAGUCUUAUAUACAUCGGAUGUUGGAAAGAGGGCUACUCUCAAGAGGAGUACGUUACUUGUUUUGAUGAAUAGAUUAUGAUUGCCAUCAUUCCCUGUAGAGAUGUAAGUACUGUGAUGACAGCUCCUAUUCCUGAUGUAUUAUUCUGUGGAAGACUUUACCCAUUGGGACUUAACAUGAAUGACAUGCUUAACAAGAGCGUACACAGCAGGGGAAUACAAACCUCUUCUGUAGCAUACCCCUCUAACAUUACAUGCCAGGUUAAGUAUUGUGCAAUGUAAUUUUAUCUGCCAUUUUUAUCUAUUUACAGUAAAACGGAUGCCAAAAUAAGGGUUUUCUUUGCAAUGGCAGUUUUAACAUUGUGCUAAUACAAAUCACCAUUCGCAAUCAACGACUACUGUUUUUCUACAUCAUGUAUAGUGUGUGUAGUUCUACGCAUAUGAAGUUGAUUCGCCCUAUAAGUAAAAAGAACAGAUGGCCGUGUAUAAUACAUUGGCCCUGAAAUCCCCUCAAAUCUAUUAAGUGCUGCAAACAUUACCAGAAAAUCCUGCAAAAUUCGUUGAUAAGUCAAAAAGGAGACAAUAUGAAAACCAUUAUUAAAUGUUAGAUUGAGCUCGGUAAAGAAAACUGCAAUUUGUUCUGUUCUGAUGCAUUUCUAGUUCGUUUGUUUCAUAGAGACAAUAUGUAUAUUAAAGACAUCAAUAGCAAAUGUUAA